UUCUUUCCUUUCCAGAGCAACCGAGCAAACUUGAGUCCUCAUUUGUUCAAAAGCGCUUUCUCUCGCCUCGGUUGCUCUCUUUUCUCUCUCCCAGUUCUUCCGUUUCUCCUUUUUCUUUGAAGCUUCAAUUCCGUAGACAUGGCUUGGUCGAAAGAAUAAACGAGUAAAAAUCUUCAGAGACCUAAUUGAGUUAUAAAUGUUGCAAAUGGCUCCUUGAUCCAACAAUAUCUGCAACAUGAAACUCAAGAAUUCACCGUUUUUGUCAUUCCUGAAUUGAGUUAAUCACAUUAAGGCCACACAGUCACGUACUCUCAAAUCUAACAUCAUGAUAUCCAAGCUCCUCUUCCAACUUCAACCAAUACAAGACUGCUUUUGCUUCAGCCACAAACUUUCAAAGAUCCAUGAACUUCUAGGAAGCACCCACUUCAAUCUUACCCUCAUCCAAAGCAUCCACAUUAACUUUCACCUUCGUAGCAUUCGGCACCUCCCACUGAACAGAAACACUACAGACAGCCCCAACCCAACCCCUCAUCCAGCCUCUUGCUUAUGUAACUGCUUGAGCAACUUAUCUACAUACUCUAGUUCCCGAGACACUUCAAGUACCCCCCCUCAAACAACAAUACAUAUUCCUAGCGCCACAAAUAGCCCAUCACAACAUCAUAAAGUCAUAAACAAGCCCCUCUCUUCCACUAAGCUUAGCAAAACAUGUCAUAAACAGUCCCUGGCCUCCCCGCCACCAUACCAAUGUCAUAUACAAUUCGGAAUAAAACUUAUAUACUAAAGGUUAACUUAUAUAACACUCAUGGAAAAUCAUAAAGGAAACUUAUAUGAUACUAUUGGGAAACUUAUACAGUACUAAUGGCAAACUUAUAUGAUACUAAUGGAAAACUUAUUAGUUUCGAAAUAUGUUAUUUUAAAAUUACCUUCAACGCUUUUUCUUCUACUAGUUGUUGGACUGUGCGCUAGCGCGCACGGUCCCCCAAGAUAUAGAAAAUAAGUUCUAAAACGCUAUGUAAAUCGUGAGCCUAAUUAAUGUAUGAAAAUAGUUUAAGAUAUAAUUAUACUCCCUCCGUCUCUUUUUGUUUUUUACGUUUGCUAUUUUGCACGUUUAUUAACGACUAAUUAAUGUACAUUGAGAUUCCUCAGUUUUUUUAUUUAAACAAGAAAAAUUACGUUUAUUUAUAAUGUUUUUACGUUUAUUUAUAAUGUUUUUACUUUUAUUAAAAUUAUGAUAUUGAGAAUAUGAGAAAAAUUUAAUGUCCUAAUAGAAAGGUGUGAGAAAUUAAAUAACCAAUGAAUUUAAUUGGUUAAAAAAUCAAUUAACACAAAUUUUGAUAGAAUAUUAAAUCAUUAAUGUGAUGAUAUAAAAGGAAAUGUAAAGAACAUUUUGAAACACCCAAAAAGGAAAACGUAAAAAACAAAAAGAGACGGAGGGAGUAGUAGACAAUAAGAAACAUCGAUAAUUACUUAAUGUAGGUUGAAUUUGUCUGCGUAUUAUGAAGAAGCGAUUUUAGGACUUAGCUUGGACUUCUCUUUUCAAAAGUUGAACAUGAAGACGGUCUGGAAGAUCUACAUAAUACUUGAACAUCAAGAGAGGUUUUCGAGUUCAGGCCUGCCUUAAUGAUAGCUUUACUGUCACAUGAAUGCAUAACCUUGGCUAUUAAUACCUAGAAGAUUUUCUUUUGAACUUUCUCAAAAGCUAUAUGCCAUGUAACAAUAGUAUUGAUCUGUAUAUGGGUGUAUAUGGGUACUUGUUCUCAAGAGAAUGAAAAUUCAGAUAUUUCAGUGUCAAUAUUUUGAGCUUACCGUAAAACAUAUGCAAGGUGAAAAUGAUCAUGUUAUGCAGCAUAAUAAAAGUGAUUAUAUACCAUAAUGAUACUAAUUACAACUUGUCACCAAGGGGAUACACAAAAUAUUAGCAAAGAGAUAUUUGCAGCAGCAAAAGCAGUUACUAUAAAGGAUGUGAGGUUUUGAACAAAAUUGUAUUCCAGUUCAACUUCUUGUCAGAUCAAAAGACACACCCUUCUUCUUCUUAGAGUUCCUUCCUUCAAAUUCUUCACUUUACUUGAGCAGCAAGAUUCUAUUUGCCUCUAGAUAAACUUCCAAUUACAUACUAACUUCGGAACAAGGAAGACACCAAUAUAGGGGGCUUGUCUUCUUUUUACUUCCUGCUAGAGCUGCGAACAGUCUGAGAGCAUGAAAUACAAUCUAGGCCAUAGCAACCUCAAAUUGGACUACAAUGGAAAUAAAGGCUUAGAUCAAUAUAUCAUGCUUCUUCAUAAGACAAAACAUUCAACAAAAAAACAAAAAACAAAAGUUUAUAUCGGCAUUUCAGAAAUUCUUGCUGAACUUAUCGAAGAUCUACAAUCAAAAUUUUCGGUAAAUAUCAAUUAUCUUUGUGGUAUUGGAGGUGCCAUUCUUAGCAUUUCUCUAACAGCAUGGAGCCUUAUGAAGCCUAGGAUUGUCCUUGUAUGCAUUUCAUACAUUUGGUUUCCGAGUCUAUCAAUAGUGACUCUUUUUGACAAGAACUCAUGUAAAAACAUAAUUUCCUUUGUUAAAAUCAUCCAAUGAUUUCUUCUAGUAGAACUGGUUAAUUCCGUCAAUUCUAGCAGUACAACGUAUGUCCUAUAAAAGCAGUUGCAAAAACAUCAGUCUAUAAUGUUUAGUUGUGAUGCUUGUGAAGUAGAAUUAACCCAAACCCCGACCAUGCUAAUCACCCCUUAUUAAAACAAACCUAUCAAAGUAAUACGAAUUAAGGUGUCAGAUUAAGGAGGAAAGGGCAAGAUUUAGUAGAACAUUCGAAUAAUCGUGAGAAAAAGUAGCAUUAAAUUUCCAAUCAAACCUUAUCCAUCGACAAAAUCCCGCAUAACAAAAUCCUACAGGAUCCAUCUCAAUAAAAGACAAUCCCAACAUUUGGAACAAAAGUACCAUAAAUCAACUAAAGUCAAACACUAAAAACUGAUUUAAAACAGCAACAUAAAGUAUCAGAUUAUCCAAGUCACCAAAGCAUAACCAACACUAUGACACCAAGGAAUUCCACCUUUCUACUCAUUUUUAAGACCCUAUAAUAAGUAAAUAUUAUCCGGAUCGGACAAGAUGCCGCCUUCCUGAUAAAUCCAAUUCUCAACACGACCCUCGAACGAUAAGCAAUAAGAAGUUAAGAACUAAAGCAUGCCUAAACAUCAAAAUCACUUAUAACCAUUCCCAAACUAAGUAUCCCACUGCAUUAGAAAGAGUGAAACUAAAUUCAACAAAGGCUAGGAGCCGAAAUUCAUCGGCUAAAACCCAAUUACCCAAUAGAUUAUAGAGCAGUUUAAUCAAAAAAAAUCAUUCCCAAACUAAAUAAGAGAGUAAAACUAAAUUCAACAAAUGUUUGGUGCCGAAACCCAUCGAUUAAAACCCAAUUACCUUAAUAAGUAACAAUAGAAAUUAAGAAAUCUCUCACUUGCAAGAAGCCCAAGUAUGCCUCGUCCUACAACCUUUAAGUACUGAUAAAAAAAAAACCAAACAAACAACAUAAGCAAGAGAUCAUGAGUUCCAAAAAUAGUGAAUUACUUGUCAAAAUCAAAGAAGAGGGAGACAAUACCGAGAUAUUCCCUGGUGAAGAUGGACUAAUUUGAGACUUUGAAUUUACUUGUCAAAGAUGGAUUUUGUAAUUUAUGGACUACACAACUUGAGCUAUGCAAUCUCCACUCUCAAGUUAUCAUGUUUUAAGUGGUGUCUUGUCUGUCAAGAACUCAAGACUAAACAUAUUGUAAGGAAUUAGUGCAAACAUUUUAAGAAAUUCGUGCCUGCAAAUACGUAGUAGAAAGAGUUAAUAUGGUUUAUAAAGUAGACAUUACCGAAUCAUGUAAUCUAUUCACUGAAAAAGAAACGUAUAAUUUAGAGGGAAAGGAAACACAUUCAGAAUUUGAAUUUUAUAAUAAUAAAAUAAGCAACUUCUUUCUCACAACCUUGUUCAUCUUCACUGCAACACAUAUAGAAGGCUUGAAGAAAGAAUAUACAAAAAGUUCAAUGAACAGAAGAAAACAUACAUGCCAACAUUGUAAAUUGAACUUAGGUCCAAAUAAGAAAAAGCUAUCUGAUACCCAAAAGGUUUCCCUAAAUGAUAUGAUUGAUAAAACUGAAGAUGACGAUCAAGAUAAAACAAAUCAUAUCUAUAUCGGAUGGGAGGUAGAGAUUAAGGAUAGAGAAAUACCAGGGAGAGGCAUUUUAUCGACUGACUUAGAAAUUCUGUCAAUUGUAAUGUGAGGUAAUGGCAUUAACAACUCAAUUGGAAAUCGAGAUCUUCAAAUGUGAACACGCAGCAACCCAAUGUCCCAAUUGGACAAUGGAUAUCAUCAAAACCAUUGUGAAGCUCUUCAAAAUGAAAUUUGACCUCCACCGAUGUGCUCAUCUAUAAAUCUAAACCAUCCACAAUCAACACACGAACAUUCGAAAAUAACGAUACAACAACGUCAACUGCUAAACUUCUAGGAACGAAACAACCUCCAAACAGUGAAACCCUAGAAUUCACGCCACACACAAGAGUACAAAAUGGACAAUGAAUCACCUCCAACAACAACAAAAAAGGCAAUCAAUUGGAGUUCGGGUGAAUUAAGGUUGAUUUGGAUAUGGGAAAGUAGGGGUUGUUGACAUACCCAAAGUAUAAGCAGAGUGCAGAGUACGAUGAGUAUUAGAGAUGAGAUUAACAGAUUGGAAACAACGGGCCACCAAGAAAGCGGUUGGUAUACCGGAGCUACACAGCAAAUGCGCAUAAUAAACCGAAUGUUGAUGCCUGCAAAUGCGUGUUUCCUUCCAUUCAAUCUUUUAAUGAUCAAUCUUGAUUCUUAAUGAUCAAUUUCGAUUCUUUCACUGUAUCACUAAAAACCUACUUUGAUGCUCACGUUGGUUGGAAGCAUUCAGAAAGAAAUAGAUAGAGAGUGAGAAGGUGAAAGAAAACAUAUUGGUUGGAAUAUCAGAAGAUGGAUGCAGCAAGGCAGAUGGGAGGCGGAGGAGACUGGAGCGGAUGAGCAAAGCUAGAGUUUAUUGGUGAAACACAACCAGGGUGAAAGAAAGAAGAAGGGAAGUGGGAGAAGGACAGAUGGUCGAUCAUGUGCAAGGAAAAGGGAGUGGCAGGGCUGUAAAUCGUGAAGGAUUGCAAGGGUGUGGAGGUAAUUACACUAUUCUUAAGAGAAGUUUAGAAGGCACUCCUUGCUUUUUAAAGGGGUAGGAUUGGAUGAUGAACAACUUCAGUUAUUAAUAUGAAUGAUUUUGUCAAAAUAAAUUUAUAUAUCAAACAAAUAAACUAAAGAAAUUGAAUAACCAUAUUACGAGAAGUAUUACCUUUUAGGUUUUAUUCCCCCAAAUUGUGAAAGUGGAACACUAUUGUCAUCAUCAAUUAGAUUGAUUUCGUUUCUCAAAACCAAUUUUAGGUCUUCAAUAAUCGUAUUUUUGAGGUCGAUUUCAACACCAGGUUCGAUUUUGAGAUUUAUGUUUGUUUAAGCUUGAACUUCCCGUUGCCGUUGCAUAAAACCAUGGAUCGUAUUUUCACAAUUAGAGAAGUUGAAUUGAUUUGAUUACUCCAUUGUUGAUAGAAGAUUCAUAGAUUUUUCUCUCUCCUCUCCAUGGUGUCGCUUUCUCGCUCCUUUCCCAGGUUUGUUCUCUCCCCUCUGUUGUAUAACGCCGUGUUGCAGUGUUGCCGUUUAUGCAAAUGAUUUGUAAAAAAAAAAGUCUCGCACGUGUGAGAUACUAUGAGUUAGGUCGGAUGUACAGUAAUUUACUGUAGAUCUGGGGCACGCAAAAGUUUUUGUUUGUAUUUCCGAAAUUUGUUUUCCCCUAUUUACAUUGGUUUUCCUUAUUGUACACGGACAGGUUUUAGGAAACCUUCCUGUUAAUGAUGUAACGGUAGGAUGAUAUCCCAACUCCAAUUGGAUAAGGAAACAAGAACCCUUUUGAACUCAUAUUGAAAACGUUACGCUAUAUAUAACAGUUGCAACCCUUCGUUUUUCAUAUUAUUAACUUACAAGUUAGGCUCCCUCUAAAUUACUCUUGUAAUUCAUCGUCGUCCCUUCCAAUUCAAAAGUAAAACGAUGGCUGAUUGUAUUGAUAAGUAUCUUGAGCUUAUUGAUUAUGGCAUCGUAAUUCCUUGUAGCCAUAAUCGUGUACCAUCCAAUUCUUGUUCUAAGAAACUCAUAGUCAGACUAAUCUUCAAUAUCUGCCAAAAUUUAGUUUAUUAUCAUAGGAACGGUCGACGAUGGGUGAGUAAGCAAAAUAUUCCUGCCGAGAAGUGCCUCCGUGUCAAUCCUUUUUGGCCUGAGUGCAUAUAUAAGAUUGGAGUAAACUGUACUGAAGGUCCCUAAACUUUGCCAAAAGGAGCAGUUAGGUCCCUCAAGUUUCAAAAGGAGCAUUUAGGUCCCUCAAAAUGGAUGGAAAACGCUGCUUUUUGUUUUCCGUCACUAACGGUCGUUAAAAUGAAUAUAAUAAUAUAAAAAAUUAUUAAAAUAAAAGGAGAAUUAAUAUACACGUAGAUUAAUGAUUGAAAACAGAUGAUUUUGAUGAAAAUAAGCCUUUUCCAAUUACUUAGCCUUUUCAAUUUACUUUUUCAAUGUGUACACGUGGAAACCUUCCAACUUCCCUCGUUUUUUCUGGUUCCUUCCUAAUAAUGUUUUGGCGGUAUUUUUUUUACUGUUCCCAACCCUAUUUCCCCCCUUUUCACUUCCUAUUUAUAUGGUCCCCCCUCCCAUUUUCACUCUCAGUUGUCUUUUUCCCAUUUACUCAAACACUUAAGAGAAUUUGAAGUUAUUGCUCUGAGUUUUCUGCAAAAAUGGGUUCUUGCGUAUCCAACAAGAGGACUGCUGAUAAGUGGGAAGUUCGCACCCCCAAGAGAACAAGAAUGUCCAGAUGGGACGAAGGAGACCUUGCUUUAAGGGAGGCACACCCCCUUUGUCAUCAUCAAGACAUCCUCAUCACCCAGAUCUUCACCAAGCUGGACUGGGAGGGGCAGGCUGCUGUGCAGAUGGUAUGCAAGCAGUGGCGUAGGUGGGCCAAGUUGCGGUACCGCCUCCCAUACCACUACCCUCAAGGAUGCUACCGCGUGUGGCUGCGGGAGUGGGUGAUCAUGGACAUCAUUGACAAUGAUGGCCGUGACUUCCAUGCCUGGAUGGACAAGGACAUGACCGUCUACUUUGACGGCUUCCCCCUCCUUUUCAAGGAGGAGGAGUAGCUGGUGGUGGAGGCCAUGCAGGGGUGGGUGGUGGUGGCGCUGGUGGUGGCCCCUCUUUUGUCAAGCUUAUGAUGAUCCAGCUUGUUUAUAGCUUUUUUUAUUUUUAAUUUUCAAGGACAAUUACAUUACUACUGUCAUUGCAAUUAGGUUUUUGUGAAUGUGACAAAUGUUGGUUUUUGGUAUUUGUCACUGCUAUGACAGUAGUUUAUAUCUAACCGUAGGCUUCUCCCUCAAUAGUGGAUUGAGGUUUGAAAUGUAAGGGUUGAAGCCCACCCUUUUGUAAAUGCAACUGAAAUGAUCAUGAUGAAUGAAUGAAUGCAACUUUAACCUUUUGUUAUCUCUUGUGUUGUUAUUCAAGAUUUGGUUUGGUUUGAUUUCUUAAAGUUUUGUUUUUUUAAUUGAUAUUGUUUUAACUUUGAUCAUAUGUUGAUGAUUUGACUUUGAACCCUUGCAUAUAUGUGCAUCAUGGUGGUGAAUGGGUUGUGCAAGGUGAUAUGGUUUAUAGUGGGGGGAGGGUGGAUGUCUUUGAUUACAUCCAUGAGAAUGCAGAUGGCAAAUAUGUUAAGGAAUUAGUGGAUAGUUUAGGUUAUAAUGAUAUAGAGAAAGUACAUUUCUGGGACCCUAGGAAAGAAUUCAAGAAUGGGGUUAGGUUUUUAGGUUUUGAUAGUAGUACUUGUGACCCUUUCUUAGCUUUACUCUUUGAAUACAAAAGCAUUCAUAUAUACAUUGAACAUAAAAUCAAACCCACCUACAACUUUAACCUAAACAGGAGUGGAGGAGGGGGAGGAGGGAGUGGUAGCUUCCUUGAGUUGUUGAAUACUGAUGUGGUUGACUUAAAUUCUGAUUAUGUGGAACCACCUUUUACAGUUCCCACCCAAACAAACUGAACCUCAACCUGAACCUCAACCUGAACCUCAAAAUGUGCCCCAACCUGAAAUUGAUUAUGAUUCAGAGGGUACAGAUGAGGAUGAUGAUGAGUUAGCCACUGCUAGGUCUAAGAUAUCUGAUGAUAUGAGAAGGGAAAAUGCUUAUUUUGAGGAGUUAGUAAUGCUGAAAAAACUAGCAGAAAGUAAAGUAGAAGGUGGUCUGAAUUUGGGGGAUGACUUUGAUGGAUACAGUGACUUAGACAGCCCUAGUGAGUCAGAAGAUGAGGAUGAUGUUGGUUACUUAGUUGCACCACAACACCAUAAGAGGGGGAGAGGGAAACAGAAGCAAAACAACACUGAAACUGAAGAGAGGGAAGCCACUUUUUAUGUUGGGCAACAGUUUGAGAAUCCAAAGACAUUUAGGAAAGCAAUCAUAGAAUAUUCAAUUGAUAAAGGAAGAAACAUUCCAUUUUCUAAAAAUGAUUCCACUAGGGUUUGUGCAGAGUGUGAGCACAAAGAUAAAGGUUGUAAAUGGAGAAUUUGGGCUUCAUGGGAGAGAGGAAGAAGGUCAUUUACAGUGAAAACACUUGUCAGUGAGCACACUUGUGGUAGGACACCUAUCAUUAAGAAGAUGACUUCACAUUGGAUUGCAGAACACUACCAGAAUCUGUUUAAGGUUAACCCUUACAUGAGAUUGCAAGAUAUUCAGGAAACCAUUUGGUUAGAAAAUGGUAUAAGGGUGAGCAAAGACAAGGCUGUCAGGGCUAGGAAAAGGGGUCAAGCACUCAUUGUUGGUGAAUACAAAGAGCAGUAUGCAUUACUCCCAAGGUAUGCAGCUGAGAUACUAAGAAGCAAUCCAGGGAACACAGUGAAGUUGAAGUUGGAUGCAAAUGUGUUUUGACAGACUGUAUUUGUGUUUUGAGGCACUUAGGAAAGGGUUCUUGGCAGGAUGCAGACCUUUCAUAUCACUUGAUGGAUGUUUCUUAAAGGGACCAUUUGGGGGUCAAUUGUUAGUAGCAGUAGGGAGGGAUGGAAACAAUCAAAUGUUCCCUUUGGCUUGGGCUGUUUGUGAGGUUGAGAGCACUGACACAUGGAGUUGGUUUCUAGAACUUCUAGCUACUGAUUUAGGCACUAGUGAAGGAGUAGGGUACACAUUCAUGUCUGACCAACAAAAGGGUUUACUUGCUGUUGUGUCAAAUGUGUUUCCACAAGCUGAAAGUAGGGUGUGUGCAAGGCAUGUGUACUGUAACUUUAGGGGAGUGUUUGGAGGUGGUUUAGAGUACAGAAAACAAUUAUGGACUAUUGCAAAAAGCAACACAGUAAAUCACUUCAAUGAAAACAUUGAAGUAAUGAGGGGUAUUUCACAUGAAGCUGCUGAAGACUUACUGAAAAGGAACUACAAGAAAUGGUGUAGGACAUUCUACACUCCAUUAUCUUGUUGUGACAGUGUAGACAACAACAUGAGUGAGGUGUUGAAUGCAUACAUCUUGAGUGCAAGGCACAAGCCUAUUAUUACCAUGUUGGAAGAUAUCAGAGAGGGUUUGAUGGAAAGACUGCAUAAGAAAAGAGAUUUCAUUGGGAAAAAGGAGAUAAUGUUGUGUCAUAGGAUCCAAAUUCAGUUAGAGAAACACAAAUUUUGGGCUAGGGGUUGGAAUGCAUACUGGGAUGGUGGGUUUUGCUAUGGAGUAAGAGAAGGUGCAACACAGGUUAAGUAUGUGGUGGAUCUGAACCAACAUACUUGCAGUUGCAAUGCAUGGCAGGUGAGUGGGAUUCCAUGCAAACAUGCAAUUGUUGCUAUAUGGAAUAAAGUAGACCACCCAGAACAAUAUGUCAAUGCAUAUUUCUGCAAACAGACCUACAUGAAGGCAUAUGAAUUUUUGUUAGAGCCUUUAAAUGGUCCUCAAGAGUGGCCUACUUCUGAUAGCAUUGUUGUGGCUCCAAAGGUGAAAAAGGUGAAUGGAAGACCUAAAACAAAGAGGAGAUAUGGUGUUGGAGAGGUAACUGCAUCUGUUAAGCUGAAGAGAACAGGUUGUUCUAUGAAAUGCAGCUUAUGUGGUGUGAUAGGCCACAACAAAAGGGGUUGCAAGAAUGCCCCUAAGCAACAACAACACAGCAACAAUCAUGAUACUGCAGAGCAGACCACACCACAGCAACAACACCCAAGAACCAGUUCAGCUAUACCAAUGCACAAUAGGGGUGUGGGUAUUUAUACCUACCCAAAUGGGUAUCAAAGAAUAGCUACUCCUAUAUCACAACAUUUCCCCACACCACAGAGGCAAAGACCUCCUGCAGCUUUCUAUUCUGAUCAUGGGGGUGAGCAAACCAUCUACUCCUUCCCUGCACAUGACUUCCCAUUGUCACAGACUCAACCAAGUCAAGGACACACAAUAUCAAGCCAAGCAUUGCAGGAUCUUGCAAUGGCUAGAAGAUUAGAAAAAAGACCAUGAG